AUGGCAACCCAGACACCGCCAGAAUUUUCCAUCUCAAAACAAAUUAACCCUUUCCAGAAUACAAGCUACUGCAUGGACACAAAAGAGCUCUGGGAUGUGUUGUACAGUGUGCUACCAACAUUGAUCACUGUCAUCUUUUUUUUUGGUUUACUAGGAAAUAUAUUUGCCCUGUCUAUCUUCCUCUUGCUCAGGAGACGCCUAACUGUGGCAGAAAUUUACUUGGCUAACCUGUCAGCCUCUGACUUGGUGUUUGUCGUGGGUCUGCCCUUCUGGGCAGUAAGUGUCCAGGAGCAGUUCACUUGGCCAUUUGGCCAUGCUCUUUGCCACAUCAUCAAUGGAGCCAUCAAAGCCAACAUGUUCACAAGCAUCUUCUUGGCGGUGGCAAUCAGCAGGGACCGGUACAUUGCUCUGGUUCACACCCUAAGCAGCCGGAUACAACGCAGCCAGCGACAAGCCCAGAUCAUCUGUGUUUGCAUCUGGUUCUUGGGUGGCCUCCUAAGCAUCCCCACUUUUCUGUUCCGAUCAGUGGGAAUUGUCCCAGAUCUGAACACCUCUGCCUGUAUACUUCAAUUCCCCCAUAAAGCAUGGUAUUCUAUCAGGAUUGUCGAGCUGAGUGUGGUGGGCUUCAUCCUCCCCCUAAUUGCCAUCAUCUUCUUCAACUCUCAGAUAAUAGCUUCCUUGAGGAGUCGAACUAAGAGCAACAUAAAGAGAUCAGGAGAGACAAGGGACACCAAAGCCACCACUCUGCUCCUUACCCUAGUGACUGUUUUUAUAAUAUGCUGGACUCCAUACCAUUGCUUUGCUAUCCUGGAAUACCUGUUCUGGGUGAAAGCUGUCCAGGGCUGCUUCUGGGAAGAAUUAAUCGACCUGGGCUUGAUAUAUGCCAAUUUCUUUGCCUUCCUCAACAGUUGUCUAAAUCCUGUGAUUUAUGUCUUUGUGGGGAAACUUUUUAGGGUCAGGAUUUGCGAAGUUUAUAAGCAAUGCACUACCAGAUGUUUUGUCAAUGUAUCCUUAGGAUAG